UUCAACAAAUUUAUUUGUUCUAGGAGGAAAAUAAAAACAAAGAUUUCCAUACAAUUUUUGACGGCUGAUGUAUAAACUUGAUAAAUUUAACAUUCUGAUAAUUUUUAAGCGCUGAAUAUAUCUUUCACAACAGUUUGCAGAUAAAACACAUCUCACACAUCUCUAACGAAUAAUUACAUGGUUCGAUAAAAUUAUAAAUUAACUACAUGACAAAUCGGUGCACACUUCAAUAUAUUUGUUGCAAUAUUUUCUAUUUACUUGGACGAGAAGAUAAUUAUAAAUUUUACAAUUUUCUUGUGUCGGUAUUUCAAAAGAGAGCAGAAUGACGCCAUUAACGCAAAAUAGUAUAGAGGAAGCGUUUGUGAAUAAUGAAGCAUUACGACAAGCAGCUGCGAAUGUUAGUAGGAAUGUCGUCAAAGGCUUUUAUGACAUAUCUCACGUUGUAGAGCAAAUGGGUUUUGCUCUAACUUCUACCACAGUGGAGCAACGUGUUAAAGGAACAAUGUUCCUUUCCUAUGUCCUGCAAGAAAUACCGAAAGAUUACCUUGAUUGUAAACAAUUGGAGUUUAUCAUAACAUUUUACACGGAUCGAUGUAAAGAUCAACACAGUGUGAUACCUGCUGUCAUCGACGGCUUUUGUGCUUUACUUGAAAUGAAUGAAUUGCCAGAAUCAAGUGCGCCAAAAAUUAUGGAAGCAUUUUUUAAACAUAGUAGUUGUCAGUCCCAUCAGCGAGGUGAGAGAGCUAAAUGGUUCAAAAUUUUGAAAGUAUCCGCCGAGCGUUUUGAAAAAGCGUUGAUGCGUAGUGGUACCGAUUUCAUGUUUGGUGUGAUAAAUUCAAUUGAUGGCGAACGUGACCCCCGUAAUUUAGAUUUUGUGUUUAGUUUUAUGCCUGAUUUGCUGAAUCGUUUUCCGCUUUUCCAUUUGGGUGAAGAAAUGUUUGAAAUUUUUGCUUGUUAUUUUCCCAUUGAUUUUACGCCGAGCCGUGAUGAUCCCAGCUAUAUUUCACGCGACGAACUAGCCCACAAAUUAUCUAACUGCUUAGUGGCGGCACCCGAUUUUCUUGAGUUCGUGGUGCCAUUGGCAUUAGAAAAGUUGCAAAGCGAUUUAAUAGUAGCCAAAUUGGACGCAAUCGAGCUGUUGCGCAAAGCUGCACUUAAGUUUUCUACAAAAUCAUUCUCUGAGCAUUUCGAUGCUAUUUGGACAGGACUAAAAACUGAAAUUUUUCCUGGCAGCGACAAUACUGAUAUCGUUACUGCUGGACUUGCCGCUCUGCGAACAAUUUUCGAGAAGGCUCACGCAACACCGGACAUUAGCCACAGCCACCAAACCAAAGUACUUGGCACAAUAUUAUCGCAUCUAACCGACGUCAACCAACGGCUAUACAAUCCAUCUACAGCCAUUGCAUUAGUUUGCGUUGCAGGUGAUCCCCUUUUUGCUGGCGAACGAAUACUUGACACUUUUCUAUUGAAAUUAACUACAAAAUCGGCAAUUAUUGACGGCGAUGGCGAAAAACCAGUUUCUCCAACUGCAACAUAUGAUGAUGAGCAGCGUAUUAAAGUAUAUGGAAUUAUGUCACAACUAUUUAAAAUAACUGCAAUUAAAAAUUGUUUGGAGAAGCUUAAUAAAAGUGUUUGCGAGCAAAUUCAUGCAGAUACUAUUACGGUACUGCGUUUCAACAUUGAUGCAAAUGCCGAAAAACAAAAUGUUGAUUUAAAAUACGCUGCUUUGAGCGUACUGAGCGAGAGUGUACCACAAUUAAGCGAAAAAAAUCGUGCCCUUUUAUACAAAGUACUUAUACAGUUGAUAACACAUAAUUCAUUAGAGCUCGAGUGUGUAGAAUUACUUGAAUUACUUGGUGCUUGCUAUCCAAUUGAAGUACAAUCAAACUGUAUUGAUGUUUUGAUACGUAAUUUCACUAUCUAUGCAAAUUUUGUUAAACGCAAAGUGCUUCAGCACUUAUUGCGUUUGGUAAUACACGCUGCAUUCACUUCCCGUAUACUCAAUUUAGUGUGCCAUUACGCUUUUGAUAAGAAUAUUUCUCAAGAUGUACGAUUAUUAGCACUCGAGGCCAUAAAUAUGUUAUUAAAUAGCGACGACACUCGUCUCAUCGUGGACCUGCAGACCAAUAAUUGCCUUAUUUCCAAGCUGGCUGAAUUAGCCUUGGGCGACACACCAUUGGCCUUGCCAGCCUUGGAACAGAUCGCCGCAGCUUUUAGUCGCAUUGAAGAACAUUUACCGGUUUCGGAACAAUACAUAAUCGCAACGGAAUACUUAUCACAGUUGAAAUUACAGUCAGCCGAACAUUUGUACGUAGCUAAAGGACUGCUAAGUCGAUUGCAUAGAGACAUCAGUCUGGAUGACUUCUUUGAAUGGUUACUGAACGAUUUGACUAUGCAGUCAUUAAGUGGAGAUGUAGUCGGUAAAGACAAGGAAAAAUUGGGUACAGUAGCACGGGAAUUACUCUGUAUUUUGGUUAAUCGGGCCGAGGAUAAUGGAGAAAAUCGGAAACAUCUAAUUAAUCUUUUAGCGCUACUGAAAAAUAAAAUAAAAGAAGAAAACAAGAUGGCUGUAGAGACCAUGGCGUGGUUGGCUAAGGGAUUAGUUAUAUCCGGAAGUGAAGUAGCUGACAACAUUAUUGAAACACUCAUCGACCUAUUGGAACAUCCUAGCUUAAGUGCCGUUGCAACUAGGGCCUUCGAAAUAAUAUCCACGGAAUAUGGUGAAUUGUUUCUACCAAAGGUUAAGUUCCUCUACAAACAGAAACUCUUCCAUACAGUUUUAACAAAGCUAGGUAAUAAAUUGGAAGCACAUUCCGAAAAUUAUUUGGUUGCUUUCAUUUUCGUAUUAAAAACCGCUCCACACGCUGUACAAAAAAUGAACAUUGAUAAGAUUGGUCCUUUACUCUUUAAAUCGCUUGACUGUGAUAACACAACAAUGCUAUGUAUUUCACUUGACAUUUGCCAGCGUUUCGUUACAGCAGGCGAUGAACACUUUCUAAGGCAUUUGAAUCAUAUUAUUCCCAGUUGCUUGCAGUUAUCAAAAUACCAAAAAUCCAUGAAAGUACGCAUCGGUGCUCUAAGUCUUCUACAUGACAUAACCAAAUAUCCUACGCGUGUCCUCUUAAUAUAUAAACUGGACGUGGUGUUGGAGCUGGCGCCUGCCUUAGACGAUCGCAAACGUUUGGUUCGCAAUGCAGCUGUACGUACGCGAAAUGCUUGGUUUUUGGUAGGCUCAAGCGACACCAAUUAAUAUGCGACCAGAUGGAUGCUGCCGUUGCAUAGAUGUUUUCCUCCUUUCUUGUUUGAUUGUUUUCUUUUAGUUUCGGUUUACUUUAAAGUUCAAGUACAGACAAGUACAAUAAAAGAUAGCAUCAACAUAUAUAAAAAUCAAA